AUGGCGCAACCCACAGAUAACCCUCUGCUCUCCUCCAAACCCUCCGACAGUGGCCUCUCCGUCUCUCUACACCCACUUGUCCUUCUCACAGUCUCCGAUCAAGUGACCCGUCAUUCCGUACGGAAACAGUCAGGACCAGUUGCGGGUGCAUUGCUUGGACAGCAGAUUGGUCGUCAGAUCACCGCGGAACAUGCCUUCCCGGUCGCUUUAGUCCACAGUGCCAAAGGACAGUGGCGGUUCAAUGUAGAAUGGAUGGAGACGAGGAUACAGCAGUACAAGGAUGUCCACAAAUCGCCCGCACUCGAGUUCGUCGGCUGGUACACGCUAUGUCCGCAGGACGGACCUCUGCCUGAACUCAUCCCUCUGCAGCGACAAGCAAUCACAUUCUACAAUGACAGCACCAUCCUCCUCACCCUACACCCGGAACUCAUUAAUGACCCCAGCACCACCACCGGCAAACUUCCAAUCACCAUCUACGAGAGCGUCGUGGACGCCGAACAACCCAAGGAUGACGAGUCGAUGCAAGUCGACGGAGAAGAAUCGUCGGCCAUCAAGUUCAGACAGCUUCCCUAUACGAUCGACACCGACGAGACCGAGAUGAUCGCCAUCGACUACGUGGCCAAAGGAGCAGGCAGUGCCGCGGCUUUAGACGAGGCAGCUCCCGCACCUAAACCAGUCGAGCAGCCACCCGCAGACAAGAAGGGCAAGCAACGUGCGAGUACACCCCCGGAGAUUUCUGGACAGAAAGAGACCAACGGCACCGAAGACACAACUACUUCUCCUCUCACUCCGGAAGAAGAAGACCACAUCGCAAACAUAACCACCAGACUCAACAGCGUUAAAAUGCUACAAAGUCGCCUCUCGCUCCUGCGCAGCUUCGUCCAGUCCCUUCCACCAUCAUACAUUUCAGACCAGAAUUCCGCGCCACCGACCCCCACCUCCCCUGAUCCUGCUCACCUGCCACACCUGCGCAACAUCCAAGCCCUGCUUACUCGCCUCUCAUUACUCACUCCCGUGGACUCUGCCUCCUUUGCACAACCACUCGCCGCAGCUUCGCAGGCUCAAUCCAACGACGUGGCACUGGCUAAUAUGCUUGCACUCAUGGGCCAGGAUAUCCAGGCCCUCAGUGAACUGGGCCGCAAGUUUGCGACGGUGGAAGGGCUCCGUGGCCCCAAAAGCAAACUCGGCGGAACGAAGAGCGGCGGGCCAGGAACAGGCGCGGCAGGUGCAUAUGGAGGCCUGGACGAAACUGAUGGUCGAUUUGGUGGGCUUGCUCCGGUAGGCGGUAGCAGCGGAAUGAUGGUUUGA